UCCAUCUAAACCCUUUAUAAAUCUUACCUGUAAAUCACUUACUUCCUACAAAAAUAUCAUACAAAUGACUCUUCCCUAGUCUUCUCCUGUUUUCUACUUACCAUCUGUGCGGUAGUAGCAUUGUAUCAGAGUGUUUCUUUUUCUUUUGUGCAUUUCUUUCUCACCCUUUUCAAGUAAUCGUUAUUAAGAGAAUGGCUCGUCACAGCAUGUUCAUAAUCAUGGCGGUCAUACUCCUUGUUCGGCUCACAAAUUAUGGCGCAUCAGCAUGGGUAAACGGGCAGAAUUAUGUGCGAAAUGCAUGUAGCGUCACCACAUAUCGUGACCUUUGUAUUCGCUCACUAGCACCAUUUUCCAGCACUGCUAAGACAAGUCCUAUCAAGUGGGCACGAUUGGGGGUUUCGGUGACAAUCGUUGAGGUCAAGAGUGCUAAUCAAUACUUGAACAAUCUGAAUAAACUAAAUUGUAUGAAAGGGAGAAACAGAUUGGCCCUUUUAGAUUGCAUCGAAGUCUUUCAAGAUACAAUCGAUGAGCUCCACAAAUCACUGGGCAUACUAAGGAAGCUAAGUGCAAGAAAUUUUGUGAGACAAAUGGAUGACCUUACUACAUUUAUGAGUGCUGCACUCACUGAUGAAAACACUUGUUUGGACGGUUUUCAAGGCCAAAGUGGACGCCAAGUUAAUCAGCUUAAAACUCGAGUUUUAAAUUCGACUUAUUUCACUAGUAACGCCCUGGAUCUUGUUGGUAAACUUUCAACCUCUGGUUUCGAAAGCCUAAACGAUCCAUAGGAGAUAUAUAGAAGAAGUGACUGUAUAUCUUCUAUCUUAAAGUGGUUUAUGCAGAUCACGUGAUGCUA